ACCCUCUGAGUAUUACUGCGCAGAUCUCCAAGCGAGCCCAAUUGAUCGAGUUCCUUCUGUAUUCCGGGUUUCGAGUGAUUAGGUUCAGAACUGACGUGCAAGUUGUCUACUGCACUACUACAGACGCCUCUAUCGAGUGUGUCAGCCAAUAACUUCACAAUGCGAGACCUGCCCAAAACAACCGAGGACAUCCUCAACACAGGUAUCAUGGAUCCCGAAUUCGCAGCCGCCUGGGAAGCCCGGGGUUCACCACCGGGCGACAUGCCAACAGACAUCAUCACGCUCAAGCGCAUCGUCGAAGCAAGCCUCUCCAACCUCCAAUCCCAACUCGCGGCAACCCGACCCGCAAACAUCACCGAAACGGAACACUCCAUCCCCCUCAACACAGGCUUCACCUCCCGCCUCCUCAUCUGCCACGCUACCCAGGACCCUUAUACCCCAUCCCCCAUCAUCCUUCUCUUCCACGGCGGCAUCCACGUCCUAGGCCACCCGGAAUUCGACCUUCCCUUGGCCCGCCGCCUCGCGCUCGCCCACAACGCAACAGUCCUGUGCCCCUCCACCCGCAAGGCCCCCGAAUCCCCCUUCCCGUCCAUGAUCGACGACGCCUGGGCGAUCCUCCAAUCCGUCGCUCACGAAGCAUCCGCAGCCCCAACAGCCCGUACCUUCCUUCCUUCACACGCAGACGCACACGCGGGCUUCAUCGUGGGCGGCGCGUCGUCGGGCGCUAACUUUGCCGACGUGGUGGCGCACCUGGCGCGGGACACGGGGCUCUCGCCGCCGCUGACGGGGCAGUUUCUUGUCUGCGGGGCUUUCAUUGACCGCUCGCGUGGUGUGCCGGCGGCGUAUGAGGGGAGGUAUUUGUCGCGGGAGCAGAACAGGGACGCGCCGGUGAUGAACGAGCGGUUUCUGAGCGCGUUUUCCGAGGUUAUCGGGCCGGAGGCUGGGCCGUCCAAGCUUUGGGCGCCGUUUACUUGGAGCUGUUCUGGGGGUAUUGCCGCUGGGCAUAAGGGGAUGCCGAAGGUGUAUUUUCAGGUUUGUGGGAUGGAUAUUAACCGGGAUGAUAGCUUGAUAUAUGAGGGGGUGUUGAGAGAGGAAUGUGGUAUUCUGACGAGGGUGGACAUGUAUAGUGGGUUUCCUCACUGCUGGUGGGAUUCCUAUCCUGAGCUCGAGGCGUCUAAAAGGAGGAUGGAAGAUACCAUAAAGGGAUUUAGGUGGCUGCUGGCUCGGGAUCACGAGGGCUAGGGAAGGAAACCGACUGGACCUUCCACCAGGUCGUAGCUUUGCGGCGCGGUAGGUCGAGGGGCUACCGCGGGCCCACGCAAGCUUACGGAUCAGCAAUGUAGCUAUUCAGCCGAAGGGGCAGGCGAGGUCCGCGGA